AUGGAAUCGGAUCUGGGGAAGCUCUUCAUUGGUGGGAUAUCGUGGGACACAGAUGAAGAGAAGCUAAGAGACUAUUUUAGCAAGUAUGGUGAUGUUGUCGAAGCUGUGAUCAUGAGAGAUCGUGCCACAGGACGUGCUCGUGGCUUCGGAUUCAUCGUCUUUGCAGAUCCUUCCGUCGCAGAGAGAGUGAUCAUGGAGAAACACAUCAUCGAUGGCCGUACGGUGGAGGCGAAGAAGGCCGUGCCACGAGAUGAUCAGCAGGUGCUGCUGAAACGGCACGCAAGUCCUAUCCACCUUAUGUCACCUGUCCAUGGCGUUGGCGGUGGUGGUGGUGGUGGUGGCAGGACGAGGAAGAUCUUUGUGGGAGGUUUACCGUCAAGCAUCACCGAACCGGAAUUCAAGAGCUACUUUGAGCAGUUUGGUUCUAUUACUGACGUUGUGGUGAUGUAUGAUCACAACACUCAGAGGCCAAGAGGGUUUGGCUUCAUCACAUUUGAAUUGGAUGAUGCUGUUGAUAGAGUCCUCCACAAGACCUUCCAUGAGCUCAAUGGGAAGCUAGUCGAGGUCAAAAGAGCUGUGCCUAAGGAGAUUUCGCCGGUUGCUAACGCAAGAAGCCCGCUUCCUGGUGGUGGUUUUGGUGGCAACUAUGGAGGAGGUAAUAGGAUGAUGUCUGCUGCUAAUAGCUACUUCAAUAACUUUGCUCCUGGUCCUGGCUUUUACAACAGUCUUGGCUCUGUUGGUGGUGGCCGGUUUAGUCCUGUGAUUGGUAGCGGUAGGAAUCCGGUUUCUGGUUUCGGCCUCGGUUUGAAUCAUGAGCUGAGUUUGAGUAUGAAUAUGAAUCUGAAUCAGAGCUAUGAUGGAACAGCUGGUUCUACAAUUGGGUUUAACCGGACUCCGAGCAACCCUUACUUCAACGGCGCUUCACCAAACCGUUACAACACCUCUCCGAUCGGGCACAACAGAACCGAGUCUCCUUACAACUCUAACAAUAGAGACUUGUGGGGAAACAGAACCGAGGCUGCAGCUGGAGGACCUGGUUGGAACUUGAAUGUGCCUAUUGGAAACAAUAGAGGAAACUGGGGACUUCCUUCUUCUGCUGUUGGUGGUAAUGAUAAUAAUGGUUACGGAGGAAGAAACUUUGGGACCGGUUCUGGACUUUCUGCGUCUCCGUUUAACGGUUUUGAAGGUUCUAUAGGGGAAUUGUACAGAGGGAGCUCGGUUUACAGCGACUCAACGUGGCAGCAGCAGCAGCUGCCACAUCAGUCUUCUCAUGAGCUAGACGCUUUGUCUCGCUCUUAUGGUUAUGAAAUUGACAAUGUAGGUUCAGACCCGUCUGCAAAUGACUCAGAAGGUUACAAUGGAAGCUAUAAUGUUGGAAAUAGACAAACUAAUAGAGGUAUUGCGGCUUAG